UGUGGACUGCACCAGACAGAGGUUGAGACAGAGGUUGCUUUCUGGUUUUGUGAUGAAACAAAGGUGUGGUUGAAUUUAUUUUGCCACUGUGUCUUCUUAUUGUCUCGGCCUUAGGCAUAUAUAUCACAGUCGCAAGGCAUAUGAACUAACAGGUUAUAGAGCACAGAUUAUAGAGCACAAUGCAAUUAUCACGAAACAGGUUGUAAUAUGGCUUUUUAUUCUGUCUUGGCUUCCCCAGUGAUUUUACCCACGCACCGCUACUGUUUAUUCCAUUCCAUCCAUUAAUGUGCCCGUCCUCCUAUAGCUCCCCCACCAGCCUCCUCUGGUGGAAAUGUCUAAUUAUUUUGUAUAAAGGGAUAUGUGAAAGAUAUUUUCAUAAACCUCAAGACAUUUUUCCAUAAUAGCCUAACCAUGGAUAGGUGGAUGUGGUUAUCAGGUAUCUGGGGCAUGGAACACGAACAAGGAAGUAACGCAACAUGUAAAACAGAGUGAGAUGAUUGGUAUCAGUCACCUCAGUAGAUGGAGAGCAUUUCAGCCUCGGCUCUAACAACUCUCUCUUACUUAGAAACCUACAAUGUUGUUUCUUGUGGUGAUGGUGUCAUUUCACCUGGUGAAACAAAGUGACACAUGCUCCUCUUUACCACGACUGAGCCUGGAUGGAGACUACAUUGUGGGGGGACUAUUCCAGCUGCAUGAGAAGUAUGGAGGGACUGGUCCAGCGACUGACACUGAAAACAGAAAACCUGAGGUGCUUCAAUGUCAUAGGUUUAAAUUUUCCUCAGCAAGCUACCAGCAGAUUCAAGUCAUGAGGUUUGCUAUUGAAGAGAUCAACAACUCCACAUUGCUGUUGCCUGGUGUCAGCCUGGGCUAUGAGAUUUUUGACUACUGCUCUGACUUGCUCAGUUAUGGGGCUGCUCUGGAAUUUCUGACCCAAAAGGGAAGAGGAGCCAUCCCCGUGUGGAACGGUACAAACUACAGACCUAAAGUCAUCUCAGUCACUGGCCCGUUUGGAAGCAGCCAAACCAUCAGUGUCGCCCCUCUGUACAUGUCUGAGAUGAUUCCAAUGGUGACUCAUGGGGCAACAAGUGUCCAACUGAGCUCAAAAAACAGAUUUCCCUCCUUUUUCCGAACUAUUCCCAGCGACAAAUAUCAGGUGGAGUCUAUAGUCCGUAUACUCCAACAAUUUAACUGGAACUGGGUGGCUUUCAUCGGUGGUGACAAUGACUACAGCAGAGAUGCCUUGACAGUUUUUCAGGAUAAGAUUAGACCAGCUAACAUCUGUUUGGCGUACCAAGACACCAUUCCCCAAAACCAAUCCUUAAUAGGGCGUCUAUUCAACAACAUAGCCAUGUUCAAUGUCCAGGUUAUUGUAGUCUUUGCCAAUGUGGAGUUUGUCAUUCCUUUCAUCCAAAAGGCCAUAGAUCUCAGAGUGAAGGAGAAGAUAUGGAUCGCUAGUGAGACAUGGUCCAUGAACCAAGAGUUGAUCAAGAAGAGUCAGAUUGAGAGGAUAGGGACGGUCUUAGGUGUCACUGUACAGAGGCACAAGGACCUGAGAGGAUUUGAUGAGUUCAUUAACAACACAGUAAAAUCCAGACAUGAGAAUGCAUGCACUGACAUGGACUUGAAGGAAAGAUGUGGUCAGAUUUGCUCUGACUGCAACUCCACCAGUGCCCAGACAAUUAUUGGGGAGGACCCGACAUACAGCUUUGUCAUCUACUCUGCAGUGUAUGCUGUGGCUCAUGCACUCCACAAUGUUUUGCGGUGUGGGACGGGGAACUGUGCCAACUCAGAAAUCAUUGCUUAUCCUUACAUGGUCACUGAGGCACUAAAACAGGUCAAAUUCAAAUUGGACAAUCAAAGUAUAGAGUUUGAUGAGAACGGGGACCCACCGGCUCAUUACGACAUUGUACACUGGGACUGCAAAAAUAAAACAUGUUCUAAUGUGGACAUUGGCUCAUACCUUACCAACCCCACACCAAGCUUCCAUAUUAAUGAAACUCUCAUACAUUGGUUUGAGGGCACAGAGGUUUGUACUACAUUGUUCAAAAACAUGCAAGUAUACAUUAUACACCAUCAAAACACUGCGUGGUAUUCAAAGGAUUGAUAACUGAUGCUGGUCUUUUCCACAGUGAUAUUUUAAGCUGUUCCUACUUCUUGCAGGCUCCAGUUCUGCAGUGUUCUAGUGAGUGUAAAUCUGGCUCCAGAAGAGUUCAAACUGGCUUCCACACCUGCUGUUUUGAGUGUGAGAUCUGCUCUGAUGGAAAGUACAUCAACCACACAGGUACUGAGCAACAUGACUUUCUGUUUUUGCCUGGAGUUUUUCCUGGACAGGUCAAGAGGUCAGAAAGAACACCUAUGAUAAGAAUGAUUGUUAUCUGUACACAUAUUACAAUCUGUCACCCAGACGUUCUCUUCCCUUCCUCUCCCAAACAGCCGAUCCCUACAGCUGCAUAGCAUGCCAAAAGGAUGAGUGGGCCAGGAAUGGCAGUACCUCAUGCACUAAGCGCUCUAUAGAGUAUCUGCAUUCUGAUGCUUCGUUGGCCAUUUUUCUGAUGUUCCAGGCCAGCUCCAUCAUCCUCAUCUCAAUGGCCAUCUUGGUUCUGUUCCUUUGUAAGAAUGACACCCCUGUGGUAAAGUCAGCCGGUGGGAGGCUCUGCUUCUUCAUGUUGUGUUGCUUGUCCAUGUCCUCCAUCAGCGUCUUCCUCUACAUCGGCAAACCCACAGAGGCCAUCUGCACCUUACGCAAUUCUGUGUUUGUAGUCUUCUAUGUGGCCUGCCUGUCCUGUCUCGCUGUUCGCUCCUUCCAGAUUGUCUGUAUCUUCAAAAUGGCCGCCAAACUGCCCAAAGCGUAUGAUUUCUGGGUCAAGCAUGGUGGUCAGUGGAUCACUAUUAUCACAACCACUGUCAUAAUGCUGUUUCUGUGCAUUUUGUGGAUAGCCAUUGAAGGACCCAAGCCCAAUCAGAUAACAUUGUAUAGCGAGGUAAUUUUGGAUUGCACAUAUGGAGUCAUCCCCAUCUUUUAUGUGAUAGUACUGUUUGCCGUUUUGCUGGGUAUUGCAUGCUUUAGUUUUGCCUACAUGGGAACUGACCUGCCCAAAAACUACAACGAGGGUAAAUCUAUCACUUUCAGCUUGCUUAUCUUCUUCAUCUCUUGGGUCAUCUCUCUGACGGUGCACCUGUCUACCAAAGGAAAGCACACACUCUCCGUCAAUCCUUUCUCUGUGCUGUGCAGUCUGUAUGGUAUACUCUUUGGUUACUUCUUCCCUAAAUGCUAUAUCAUUAUCAUUACACCUGAGCGUAAUACAGCAGCCUAUUUUCAAACUGCAAUCCAGAGUUACACACUUCAACCUAGAUAAUGUACAUAUGUUGAGACAUAUUGUUGUGUGGCACUAGAACUGCCAGUUAGUUCUGUGAUGUUUCUUUUCAGUCAAUAUCUAUAUUUUUUAAUCCCAUACUGUU